AUGACCCGUGCAGAGCGCUGUGCGUCCCCCUGUCUGAACGGAGGCGUGUGUGUGCCGCCGGACUCGUGCGACUGCAGCCUGUUGGGGGCGACGGGACGCAGGUGUCAGACAGUUCCCAACCCGGGCUUCGAGCGUGAGAUGACCUGCAGGUCCUGGGCUCAGUACAACUUUGAGACGUUUGACGGGCUCUACUUCCACUUCCCGGGCCGCUGCAGCUACACUCUGCUGAGGGACUGCCAGGAGAGCCCGCAGGCCAGCGUGGUGGUGCAGGUGCACAAUGACCCGAGCUGUGGCUCCGCCCCCUACACCUGCCGCCGCUCCGUCAGUCUUUUCCUCCCCUGGGAGGGAGAAGUCCGGCUGCACAGCACCAACGUCACCUUCAAAGGUCAAAGUCUGCAGCUGCCGCAUCACAUCCAUGACGUGCAGCUGGAGCGCAUCUCGCAGUACGUCCUGGUGACGCAGCAGCACGGCUUCACGCUGGCCUGGGACGGGCUCGCCGGCUCCGUCUACAUCAAGCUCAGCCCCGAGUUUGUGGGCCGGACCUGCGGCCUGUGCGGCAACUUCAACGCCGACGUGCAGGACGACCUGACGACCAGCUACGGCGUGCUGACACAUGACAUCGACAUGUUCGGGAACAGCUGGAUGGAGGCGGAGCCUCACCAGGAGCGAUGUCCCGCCGUGCCGUCUGACUUCCCCUCGCCCUGCGCUGCCGUCGACGCUCACGUCCUGCUGAAAGUGGAGGAGGUGUGUGCCAUGCUGCUGCAGCCGCCGUUCCUCAGCUGCCACGAGGCGGUCAGCCCGCUGUCCUACAUGGCCGCCUGCAGCAACGACCUCUGCAUGUCGGGUCCUAACGGUGAGGCGGUGUGCCAGGUGUUCAGCGAGUACGCCCGGGCCUGCGCCCACGCCGACCACCCGCUGCACGACUGGAGGCAGGAAAUACCUCAGUGUGCGCGGCAGUGUCCUGCAGGCCUGCAGCACAGGGAGUGCAUCAGCUGCUGCCCAGCGUCCUGCAGCGUGGAGAGGCUGUGUAUCGACAGCAGGCUGGCCUGUCUGGACGGGUGCUACUGUCCCGAGGGUCUGAUCUAUGAGGACGGCGGCUGCGUGGCGUCCUCUGACUGUCCCUGUGAGUAUCACGGCAUGCUGUACGCCGCGGGCCAGACGCUGCAGGAGGAAUGCAACAACUGCACCUGUGUGGGCGGAGUGUGGAACUGCACCGAGUACAGCUGCCCAGGCGAGUGCUCCGUCACUGGAGAUAUGUACUUCCACUCCUUCGACGGCCGGAGCUACACCUUCCCCGCGACGUGCCAGUACAUCCUGGCCAAGAGCCGCAGCUCGGGGAGGUUCACCAUCACCAUCCAGAACGCCCCCUGUGGAUCCAACCUGGACGGGGCCUGCAUCCAGUCCGUGAACCUGGUGGUGGACGAGGACCCGAGGAUGGAGAUCACGCUGAGUCACGUGGGGGAGGUGUUCAUGGCGGGACAGUACCGGGUCUCCCUGCCCUACUCUGACGACGUCUUCCACGUCCAGGAGCUGUCCUCCAUGUUCCUGCAGGUGAGGACGUCGCUCGGCCUGCGGCUGCAGUACGGCUGGACCGAGUUCCGCCUCUACCUGCAGGCCGACCACACCUGGAGGGACGACACGGUGGGGCUGUGCGGCACCUUCAACGGCAACAUGCAGGACGACUUCCUGUGAGUUCACUUCCUAUCUCCAUCAGGAAUGAUAGAGAGCACUCCACAGCUGUUUGGAAACGCCUGGAGGGUUCCGACAGCCUGCUCGCCCAGCCUCGGCCUGCCACAACUCGACCCCUGUGACACACACCAGCAGGCCGCGUCCUACGCCUCGGACAUGUGUGACCUCCUGAACGGGGAGGUUUUCUCGGCCUGUCAUGAGUACCUGAGCCCCGCCUCCUUCCACCAGCAGUGUCGCUCAGACACCUGUAAGUGUGGGACGCCCUGCCUCUGCUCUGCGCUCGCUCACUAUGCUCGCCAGUGCCGCAAACACUCCGUCAUCAUCGAGUUUCGAUCGCACGUCCCGGACUGUGUGGUGGACUGUCCCGACACCAUGCAGUACGGGACCUGCGUGUCGUCCUGCCAGCGGCGUUGCUCCGCCCUCUCCGUCCCACAGCGCUGCGGCGAGGAGUGUGAGGAGGGCUGCGUCUGCCCGCCGGGCUCCUUCUACAACCACCGCACACACACCUGUGUGGCCAGGAGUGAGUGUCCCUGCAGUUUCCUGGGUGCAGAUUACGAGCCGGGUGAUGUCAUCAUGACGUCAGCAGGAGUUCAGCUCUGUCAGGACGGGAAGCUGCUGUCUCAGGCCGUCCCCUCCGACGGUGUGUGUCCGCCGGGUCAGAUCUACCUGAGCUGCUCGGAGGAGGACGGCCCCCUGCUGGGAGGGGGCGUGGCCUGCGAACGCACCUGUGAAUCUCACCUGCUCAACCUCACCUGCUCGGCACACGAGCCCUGCGUGGCCGGAUGCACCUGUCCCGCCGGCCUGCUGAAGCAUGGUGACGAGUGUUUCGAGCCUGCAGCCUGCCCCUGCCUGUGGAAGGGAAAGGAGUAUUACCCCGGUGACAGAGUCUCCGCCCCCUGCCACACCUGUGUAUGCCAGCACGGGACGUUCCAGUGUGUGUUCCGGCCCUGUCCCGCCAUGUGCACAGCCUACGGAGACCGUCACUACAGGACGUUUGACGGCCUGCUGUACGACUACAUCGGAGCCUGCAAGGUCUACCUGGUGAAGAGCAGUGCUGAGGUCAUGCUGAGCGUCACAGCGGAGAACGUGGACUGUUUUGAGGGCGGAGUCAUCUGCAGGAAGUCUCUGCUCAUCAGCCUCGGCAGGUCCUUCCUUUCCUUCGACGACGACAGCGGGAAGCCGAACCCGUCCAGUGUGCUGGACAGGAGGCAGAGGAUGCUGCUCUGGCCCGCGGGACUCUUCACCGUCGUCCACUUCCCCGACGACGACGUCACCAUCCUCUGGGACCGCAAGACCACCGUCCACAUCCAGGUCGGACCCCGCUGGCAGGGGAAGCUCAGCGGCCUGUGUGGGAACUUUGACCUGAAGACGGUGAAUGAGAUGCGAACGCCGGACAACAUCGACUCCCCGACGCCGCAGGAGUUUGGGAACAGCUGGACUGCGACCGAGUGUGUGAACAGCCCGGACAUCAGACACCCCUGCACCCUCAGUCCUCUCAGGGAACCCUUCGCCAAGCGGCAGUGUGGCGUCCUGCUCAGCGAGGUCUUCCAGGCCUGCCACCCAGUGGUGGACGUCACCUGGUUCUACAUGAACUGCCUGGCCGACACGUGUGGCUGCAACCGCGGCGGCGACUGUGAGUGUUUCUGCAGCAGCGUGGCGGCGUACGCUCAGCGCUGCUGCCACCAGGGCGUGUCUGUCGACUGGCGCUCGCCCUCCCUCUGCCCGUACGACUGUGAAUACUACAACAAAGUUCUGGGUAAAGGGCCUUUCAGGCUGCAGUCCUACAGGGAGCGGGCGGCUCAGCUGGUGGCCCGACGCUCCAGUGGCUCCGUUUUCCUGCAGCGCGGUGAUGUCAGCGGUGGCGGUGAUGGCGAUGGCGGCGGCGUGCUCUGCCAGUUCAUGAUGACACCAGGCCUCAGCAGAUCCCGGCCGCACGACACGUCACGGGUUUCCUUCGAGGCGGCCGACAGACCAAACUACUUCCUGUUUGUGGGCGCUGCAGGGCAGCUGCGGCUGGCCAAGUGGCAGGAGAGCGAGGCAUUCUGGGACGGAGCCACCUUCAUCCUGCACAGGGACACCUGGAUCCCCGGCUACGACUCGCUGGAGUCGCACGCCAAGCCGGGCUUCUUCCUGCACGCCACGCCACCGCGGCUGCUCCUGCUGAAGUACAGACACACCAACAGCUUCCGCAAGGCCACGCUGUUCAGACUGACAGGCAUUGGGCCAGACGUCCCGCCGGCUCCUCGCUGCCAGUGGAGGUACGACUCCUGCAUCAGCCCCUGCUUCAAAACCUGCAGUGACCCGACGGCCAACUCCUGCGUCAACAUCCCACGGGUGGAGGGCUGCCUGCCGGUCUGCCCCGCCCACAUGGUCCUGGACGAGGUCACCCAGAGGUGCGUCUACGUGGAGGACUGCAUUAAGCCCGCCAUUGCAGUGGAAGCUGUAUCACCAUCCAGUAUCGCACCGACAUCUGCAGCUGUGACUUUGGCAACCAGCACCAGCGUCAGCCUCGCCACCCACUCCCCCACCGCCGCCACCCCGCCUCCACACACAGCUCCCACCACUCCGCCCACUGUCGGCACACAGACAACCGUGUCUGAGACUCCGGCAGAGCUGACCCAGUCAGUCGCCACUUCCUCCCCCAGCACAUCAGCACCCCCUGCUGCCAGUCCAGCAGUGGCAGAGCCGCUGACCACUGCCAGAGUGACUACAGCUCCGCCCAUCGGCGUAACGGGUACGACCACGUGGACCAGCAGGACACCAAGCACCACCACUGGUCCCAGCACAUUCAGGACGAGCACCACUCCCGUCUCCAUCACUGCCUUGUACUGGCUCACCUCUGCCGGCAGGCCCAGCACGGAGCCUCACCCCACCACAACGUCCAUCACUGAGCAGACGUCCAGCACUGCGCCACCAACCACAACCUCCGUUGAGGGGCCGACCACCAUCAGCGCCCUGCCUCCCGUCCCGCUGACAACGACCAUGGCGACCACAGAGGCUACAACACACUCAGCAGCAGUCACUCCGAUUGUCACCGUGUCCAGUGCUCGUCCAACUCAUCCAGAGAGUCCUGUCACUACAGACAGGACAACAUUGCCCAGAACGACGACUGCCGCACACACCGACACUGCGGCGACGGUGGACAGAACUCCGCCAACGACAACAACAUCAGUCCCUCCUGGUUUACCAAGCACGGUGGCCACCACCUUUUCCCCCGGCCCGCCUUUGCCUCCCACUGAAACAGGAACCGUCUCUUUGCCAACUGUCACUUCAGCCCGAACCACAGAAUCAGUCACACCGGUUGCUCCUUUCACCACACGCAAAACUACGAUGCGCACAAGGCCGAGGACAACAGCACCACUGGUCUCCAUGGUCACCACAGAGAAAACACUGCACACCCCUCCUACUGAGCUGGUGACUUCCACAACACCUGUACCUGAGUUUCCGCCAUCAACUCCAGUCCAUGUUGCACCAACCACACCUGUUCCUACCUCUCCUGAAUCAGUAACAACAAAGAAAGUGACUGCUCCGGUGCCUGCUGUCUCUGAAACACCUGGAGCUACCACAACAAGGAUGUCGCCGCCGUCGAAGAUUACAGAUGCUACAUCUGAGCCCUCCACAGCAUACACUGACAGAACUUCCUGGUCUGCUGCCCCAACGCCUAGAACCACAAAGACCUCAACUACAGCCCCUGCAGAGGUUCCAGAAACAUCCACCACCUCCAUAGGACCUCCACCUACAACAAGACCAACUGUAUCACCGCUGUCGCCUGCUGAAACAACCACCAUCCUGCUGUCACCCAUCACUGAGAGCUCCACUGUCAGCCCGUCUACCACGAAAACAUCCAAGCCAUGGCGUCCUCCCCAUCGGGAAACAACAUCUACCCUGAUCUUUACCACCAAAAACAUCACCGCACCUGAGGUCACCUCCAAACCAGACGUCCCACCGAUCAUCUCCACCACCAGCACUCCGGUUCCUCACAUUCCAGUAACAACACAGCCAGUUGGCACAACCACAGCAACUUCUGCUGCCACAACCACUGCCACCACCAAAACUACAGCUCUCCCAGAGAUUUUAACCUCAGAAGUUACAACCAGAAGACCAGUUACAGCGGCACCUGAAACACCUCGCACCACAGCUCCUACCAAGACUCCGCCUGACGUCACUACCACGAUGCUACGACCCGUCACCCUGCAACCUGUCACCCGUACAACGCCUCCAGUGACGAGCAGAGUCGAAGUGUCCACAAGCGCUACAACACCUGCACCUCCUUCUUGGUCACCACCUCGCCCAACUACCUCGACCGCGGCUCCGAGACCAACGACCUUCCCAGAAAGAGUCACCACCCGUGUGGUGUCCACUGCCAGAGCCACUCCCACUGCCACAACCAGAACGACAAGAACAACAACACUCAGAACGACCUCCAGGGCUCCUGUGACAACAAGGGUGACUCCAAGAAUCACCACGACUGAGAGGCCAACUGUAAGGCCAAGCACUGCAAAGGUUACCAUAGUAACAAGGCCUCCAACGGCAACCACUAGAUCAACUCCUCCGGGCCCACCAACCAUCACACCUAGCCCAGGCACGACGACCGUGUCAGGGGUCCCGUCUACAACCAUGGUGACAUCCACCAAGCGCGUCACUACGGCGAGCACCACUGAGCGAGUCCACAUCACCACGCCGUUACCCAGUGUGACCAGCACAACUGCCACCGUCACAGUUCCUGUUCCUACUCUGUCUACUGUUACAGCAUCUACCUCCAUCCCCACAACGUCUGAGAAAAUCCUAACUACGAAGGAGAUUAAAACUUCCCCCUCCACACCCAGAACGCUACCACCCACCCGGGCAACCAGCACUGCUCCUCCUGCGACCCCUGUCUCAACGGCAACGCCGGCUCGACCCACUGAGCCAGAGCGAGUGGAUCACACCAGUCCGGAGCCGACACCAUCUCCCUCACCUGAACUUCCGUACACUCCGGUGGAAACCACCAGGCCCGCUGCGGAGGUCACAACAUCGCUGGCGAUACCUCCUGCCAGGAUUUGCACUCCUCCGUACGCAGAGUUCAUAGACGAGUGCAGCAAGCUGAUCUGCGUCAAUGAGCAGCUCGUUCUCUUCAACAAGUCGCAGAGCUGCCCCUUCGCCUCCGCCCCCCCCAACUGCGGCCUGCUGGGCUUCGCCGUCCUCGUCAACGGGGACAAGUGCUGUCCUCAGUGGGACUGUCCAUGUCGCUGCUCCAUCUUUCCAGAUCUCAACGUGAUCACGUUUGACGGGAACAGCUUUGCCGUCUACAAGGCAGCCUCGUACAUCGUGACCCAGCUGCCCAACGAGACGGUCAGCGUGGCGGUGCAGGAGUGUCCCACCGACGCCGACUCCGGCUUCCUCUGGAAUUUCACCAACCUGUGUUUGGUGGCUCUCAACAUCACCCACAAAUCCAACCACAUCGUCGUCGACAGGCUGCAGAGGAGGCUCUAUGUGAACUCACGCUACGCCAAGCCACGGUUCAGGAAGUUUGGCUUCGAGGUCCUGGACACGGGCAACAUGUACCUGAUCCGCAGCCCGGCCGGACUGAAGCUGCAGUGGUUCCACAGCACCGGCAUGAUGGUGAUCGAGACCGACAGCCCCGGCAGCAAGCUCCCCACCAUGGGCCUCUGUGGCGGCUGUGAUGGCGACCCCACCAACGACCUGGUGCUGCCCAACGGCACCGUGGUGUCAGAGAGUGAGGACCCGGCGCUAUUCAUUGACAGCUGGCAGCUUCCCAACACCACCGGCUACAUCAGCCACAGCCGCCGCCGCGAAGUCAACUGCUCCACCAGCGACUGCUCGCGCUGCCUCGCCAUGCUGACCAACCAGACCUUCACCGCCUGCCACGCCUUCGUUCCUCCCAGCACGUUCUGUGAGGUUUGGGUACGCGAUGCAGAGUACGUCAACAACCACUGUGUGGCGCUGGCGGCCUACUCAGCUUCCUGCCACAAGUUCAAUGUCUGCAUCGAGUGGAGGAGUCCGGACUACUGCCCCUUCGUUUGUCCCGAGGCUCUGCGGUACCAGGCCUGCCUGCCCGCCUGCACCGCUCCGUCCUGCCCCAACCAGGACUUCGAGGCCGACCCGGACCAGUGCUCAGGCCUGACCGAGGGCUGUGUGUGUCCCGAGGGAACCCUGCUGCACCGGCCCUACUCCACCCUCUGCAUCCCCCCCGAAAAGUGUGCCUGCACGGACAGCUCCGGCAUGCCUCGCUCUCACGGCGAGGUGUGGAAGGCGUCUAAAGAUGGCUGCUGCAUGUAUCGCUGCGACAACGACUCCAUUGUGCCGGUGGAGUAUGACUGCUCCGGCGUCACGCCGCCCGUCUGCCGCCGCGCCGGCGAGGUGCUCAUCAGCCUCGCCGACGACGCCAGCUGCUGCCCGAGGAAAGCCUGCGUUUGCAACCAGAGUGUGUGUGAGCUGUCACCUCCAGACUGUAAAUAUGGAGAGAAGCUGGUGUCGUACUACAGACAGGACUCCUGCUGCCCCGACCACGUCUGUGAGUGUGACCCGGAGCUGUGUGAGUCACAUGUUCCCGCCUGCAGAGACGACCAGACCCUGAUCUCGACCCGGGCCGAGGGGAGCUGCUGUCUGGCCCACAUCUGCAUGUGCUCCUCCUGUCCGGAUGCACUUCCUGUCUGCCAGGAGGGCGAGGUGCUGACGGUGGACGGGAACACGACGGACCGCUGCUGUCCUGUCUACCACUGUGUGUGUGAGCCCUACAGGUGUCCUCAGGUCAGCUGUCCAGUAGGGAUGUCUGCAGUGUCAGUGUCCAGUCCAGAUCUCUGCUGCCCCACACACACCUGUGAGUGCGCCUGUGACAAGAUCUCAGCCCCGAAAUGUGGCCUGGGUGAGUCCUCCCAGCUGGACCGGGCCUUCCUGUCUGACCCACAGAACCAGUGUGCAUGUAAAAGAUACAAGUGUGUGCGUGAGGCGGUGUGUGUGGACGGCGAGCGGGGUGUGAUGCGGCCGGGACAGACACUGGUGGAGCACGGGGAGGACGGACUGUGUCACAUGAAGCAGUGCACACGCAGCCUGGACCCCGACAGCGGGCAUCACCUGCUGCGCACCAGCAGCACUAACUGCUCCGCCCACUGCCAGCCGAAUCAGAUCUACGUUCCUCCUAAAGACCAGACGACAUGUUGUGGUGUUUGUAAGAACAUUUCCUGUCUCUACCAGAGUGACAACGGGACUUCAGUUCUGGUUAAGCCGGGAAGAUCCUGGGUGUCCGACUGCAUGAAGUUUGACUGCACAGACACUCUGUCAGGACCAACGCUCAUCUCCUACUCCUUCAGCUGCCCUCCCUUCAAUGAGACUGAGUGUAUGAAGGUUGGGGGGACGAUUGUAAGUUACAUGGACGGAUGCUGCAGGACAUGUAAAGAAGACGGGAAGUCGUGUCAGAAGGUGACGGUGAGGAUGACCAUCAGGAAGAACGACUGCCGCAGCAACAGGCCGGUGAACAUCGUGUCAUGUGACGGGAAGUGUCCGUCUGCCAGCAUCUACAACUACAACAUCAACACGUACGCUCGCUUCUGCAAGUGCUGCAGGGAGACGGGGCUGCAGCGCCGCAGCGUGCAGCUCUACUGCAGCGGCAACCAGACCUGGGUCAGCUACGGCAUCCAGGAGCCCACCGACUGCUCCUGCCAGUGGUCCUGAGGCCCGCACACACACACACACACACACACACACACACACAGAUACACACACACACACACACACACACACACACACACACACACACACACACACACACAGAUACACACACACACACACAUGCAGUGUUCAGUUGUUCUCUGCAUGGUAGCCGUAGAAACCUGGGUGCUGGUCAGACGUCGGGGCUUAAACGCCGCUGAGAGGUGUCGCUGCGCUCGGCGGCGUUUAACCCUUUAAAGCCCGAGCACGUUCACUGGAUUUCAGUCAGAAACACGCCGGAAGGCGGAGACGAGCCGGGGGGCGGAGACAAAACUGACAGGAAAUCAGUAAAAGAUUCCAAGAAAAUGACCUGAAAGAAGAGAAAGAAACAGAAUGAAAAUCAGUUGAAAACUGAAAAAAAAAAAUUAGAAAAUAGAACAAAAAUAUGAAAAAAAAAAGAAUUACAUCUAUAAUUAUUAUAAUUCUAUAUCUGAAAAUGUGUUACAAUUCUCUUGUUGUUGUUGUUUUGCUGAUGUUCAGCUCAUUUUCUUGGAAACGGUCUGAUGUUGCGAGGCGGCGCUCUGCCUUCGUCUCGGUGUUUCUGGACCAACCGGUCGCUCUGCUCUGGCGGCGCCGGCGUCGUGACGGCGCCCAGGCGUCAGGCGGCUCACAGCAGCAGAAGAAGAGGCUGGAAGCUGUGGCCAUGUUGGACCCAGCUGUUGCUUCCUGGAGGGGCGGGAUCUAACAGAGGGAACUGAGCUGUGAUUGACAGGACCGAAGGAGUGACGGGGGAGGGGGCGGGGCUUUUUUUUUUUUUUACACUAGUCCUUCACUU